UCGUCGAUCUCAAGGUACCAAGAUCAGUGCGAACGCGACGUCGAACCGGUACAUGUAGCGCCGCGUAAAGUGCCCUACCUGAUCGACCCUGACGGAACCUGCCAGCCAAUGGGAGCCUGCAGAUCGAAAGGCACUGUUGCCCUGACUUUCUCCCGACCUGGUUGAAUUUAGAGUUGACAAGGCGAUGAAUCUCUGCAUUCUAGUGCCUAUAAAGGCAUGUAUCGUUGGAACUUUCUUUUCCCAUCCACCCCCCUCCUCCCUCCCUUCAUCCGAUCCCCAUCGUCAUUCCGCCCAUUAUAUCCAAUCGAUCGUGACAGUCCCUAUCAUUGCUCCCGCUAGUCCUGAAUUGUCUCAGCUUGCCACUUCUAUAAAUCCUCAAGAUACCUGGGCUACCUUUCAAAUUUCCACCAUGUCGAGCUACAACAACUUUGGCAAUGAAUAUUAUAACGCAUACCCCGCGGCCAUCGCAUCUAAUAAAUACGUACCCGUUUCAGAGUCAUUCCCCUCCCACGAGAGCUACUAUGUUCCCAAUGGAUACGUCGACGAAUACGGGGCAUCUAGCUCAGUGUACCAGCCUAGCCCUUCUGUAAAACCCAAUACAGCCAUCCCUUUGCACAUACCUUUCACACCCUCCCAUAACACGGCCCAAGUACAAUACGAGGUCGACGAAUAUACUGACGUCUCAACCGUUUCACCUUGGCCUCAAGAAUACAACAUGUCAUUUUCAGGGGCACUCACCUCAUCGGAAUCAUGGACACCCUUUGGUCCGACGACGGCUGAAUCGACCCCAGAUCUUCUUUUUUCCUCUCCCUCAAUAACGGACGACUGCACGAACGUGUUCGAUAUCCAGUUUGGACAUUCGCUACAAUCACGCUCACAGGAGCUCGAGCGAAGUAUGUCCCCGAUUUCUGCCGUCUCUCCGGAGUCGUAUCCCUCUCGCGAGGUCGCUCGUCCACCGACAACGGCGAAGAAGUCAGCUCCCUCCCAAGACGAUCAGUCUUCCCCACGCCGCCGGCACCCGUGCCUCAUCCCUGGAUGUCUCCGACGCUUCACCAGCCAGUAUACGCUCAAAGUACAUAUGGCGCUUCUUUUCGAUGGCCAAAACCUUGGGCAAUCACAAGUGUCCUCUUGCGCAGGGUGGCACAAGAUGGGUUCAUCACUAAAUGAUGGGGCGUAUCAUUCGGCCAUAUUAUUUAUCACAUUUUUUUUAUUUUUGUCGCGAUCUUCCUACGGUUUGGGACACGCCUUUGGGUGGACGAUUGGAAAGCAUCAAACUCUGUACAAUACACGAUCGCAUUAGAUUAUUAUCACGCUGCAAUGGAUAUAUCAUGCCAGCUCGAACCUUGAUGAUUGUCCAAACUCUUGGUCGGACUUUGUCUAUCUGAG